AUGGCUGAGGACCCACAAGAUGUUGCCGAUCGCGAGCGCAUUUUCAAACAUUGUGAUGCAAACGGUGAUGGGAAGGUGUCGGCCAGUGAGCUUGGAGAGGCCCUAAAGGCCUUAGGGUCUGUGAAUGAUGAGGAGGUCAAGCGGAUGAUGGCCGAGCUCGACACUGAUGGAGAUGGCUUCGUCUCAUACGAGGAAUUCACUGAGUUCGCACGGGCCAAUAGAGGCUUAGUCAAGGAUGUUGCAAAGAUAUUCUAG